UUUUGGCGGAGUUCUGCCUCCAAUCGCGUCACAACUACACGCGGGUCAUAUACAUGGAGUUGUAGAUACAGCUUUGCAAAAGUCGGGCCUAUCAUGGAAUCACUUGAGCGCAGUUGCCGUUACUGUGAAACCCGGCAUGCCCUUUUCUCUCAAGGUUGGCGUCCAGUUUGCGAAAAAACUAGCUAGGACACAUGGCCUUCCGGUCAUUCCUAUACACCACAUGGAAGCCCACGCACUUACAGCCAUGCUAACGGAUGAAAGCUUACAUUUUCCGUUUCUUGUUCUUUUAGUCAGUGGUGGCCAUUCAUUGCUAGCCCUGGUUAGAGGUUUGGAAGAUUUUCUCCUCUUGGGUACUUCGCGGGAUAUCUCGCCUGGUGAAUGCUUGGACAAGGUAACGAAUAUGAUCCCAAAGAGGUCUUCGAACAUGUUGACGGUUUUCUCAUCUGUGACCACAAACUACGGCAGAAUUAGCAGAAAAACAUGCUGGUCGACAGGUAGAUUGUUCGCCAGAAGUCGAGGUAUCUUAGAAGUAUUCUAG